UCAAGUCGCCAUGCAGCAGCCGGACGGAUCCAGCCAUGGACAUUAUCCCGCAGCGGAGUUUAUCAAAGGGAAACAUGAAUUCUGAUGUUAAGGAAAAGACAUUUCUUCCUCUGUUUCUGGACCGCUGAGAGUAUCUGUGGAUAUCUGUUACACACGGAAAACUAUCUUUUGGAUGUUCAGCUGCACUGAGAGGGAUAUCAGAGCUAUGUAGUGCCUCCUGUAACUAUGGACCCCAUGACCUCUAGAGUUCAGUGAUGUUAGCUUUGAGCCACUACAACUCCUCGGCCUCCCCGCUCCUCCCUCAUUUCUCUAAUGACAGUGCAGGGAAGGUGGAGGUCGGGGUGGCUGUUGAGGGCCUGUUGCAGCAGGGAAACUUCUCCUCUGUGCAGCCCAACACCAGCGGCGUCAUUGUCGUCAUACUGUCCAUGACGCUGGGCAUCAUCUCGAACAUUGUGGCCCUCUUUAUCCUGGCUAACGCCUACUCCCUCCAGCGCCGGCGCUCCAAAGCCACGUUCCUCCUGUUUGCCAGUUCACUGGUGGUCACAGAUUUCAUUGGCCACGUGAUCCCUGGUGCCCUGGUUCUCCGACUCUACCUGCAUGGAGGUGUGCGCCCAGAGGACUUCGACUCUUCUGAUGGCAUGUGCCAGUUCCUGGGUGGCAGCAUGGUGUUCUUUGGCCUGUGCCCACUCUUCAUGGGCUGCGCCAUGGCUGCCGAGCGCUGCCUGGGUGUCACUAGGCCGCUGCUGCACUCGGCCCUGGUCACCAAAACCCGCACGAAGAUCUGCCUGUCUGUCAUCUGGCUGGCAGCUCUGUGCGUGGCCAUCCUUCCCUGCUUUCAACUGGGAUCUUACAACUACCAGGACCCAGGGACCUGGUGUUUCAUUAACGUGCUCAGUGACACUGAGGAGGUGGAUGUGGCGUUUGUGGUGCUGUUCUCUGGACUUGGUCUGACCUCGCUGGCUGUAGCGAUGGUGUGUAACACCAUCAGCGGACUGACGCUGGUGCUCGCUCGGCUCAGGAGGCAGCCCGGCUCCCAUCACUCUGCCAAGUCGCACGACAUAGAGAUGGUGGUGCAGCUGGUCGGCAUCAUGGUCACCUCGUGUAUCUGCUGGAGCCCUCUGCUGAUCUUUGGCCUGAUGUCCGUGAUCCACUCCUACACAGGAUCCAUCGGGGACGACCUGUCCAACUAUAAAACCCUGAUGGUGAUGGGCGUGAGGCUGGCCACAUGGAACCAGAUCCUCGAUCCCUGGGUCUACAUACUGCUGCGCCGCACCGUCCUCCGCAAAAUCUACCUCAUUGCCAAGUGCCAAGUGGGCCUGAGGGGUAAUAUAUUAGGCCGCUGGGAGCCGACCUCUUUUCCCAGCUCAGAGAAGAAGGAAGUCAACCAAGUGUGAUUGUUGUGGAUGUACUUUGUCACCAUGUUAUUAAACAUAUGAAGAUCUCAAGACAUUUAGAUGGAGAGACCCACAUAGCAGCAGGUGGAAAGAACAAACUUUGUAACUGUAUACCAGUUUAGAUGUGAAGUAUGACAUUUCUCAGCUGGUCCACUUUAGAAAUGUAAUGGAUUCAACUAAAAUCUCUCUUUCAUACUCCAUCAACGUUUACCAGUGAAUUCAUUGUCCUUACAAAUGGAAGCUAGCUAAUGCUGUGAUUUUGCACAAAAUAUCAUAAACUUCGUACUGUUUACUUAUAAUAAGUGAACAUUCCUUAUUAUUAUUAUUAUUAUACUCUUAUUCGGAAACUCAUAACAACAAAAGGGCAAAGAUGUCGGCUGCAGGAUAUGAAAGCAGUAUUAACCACGCCGCAGAGGGCUGCAGGAGUGAUUUACAGAGCAACUGAGUAUUAUUUUAUUUUAUUUUUCAACCUCAUUUUCACCAGCUUUGAAAGUAAAAAAUAAAUAAAUGGCACAGCGACUUGCUCUUAUAUUAGACAAAUGUGGAUUAAUUGAACUGUAACCACCAGAGGGAGCUCAAGAAUAAACCCAGAGGUAUUUAGAGUGUAUUUGUGAUGAUAAGUAUUCUGCUGAAUGUAUUUCAUAAAGGACUGUUAAUAUUCAAAUACUGUGGAGUUUAUGAAUGUUUAAGUUUAAAUAUGCUUUUCAAGUGUUUAUUCAUUGCUUUAUGUGAAACAAUGUAAGAUUUUAUAAGUUGAUACUUGAACUGUACCCUCAAUUU